AUGUCUGUCCUCCUCGAGACCAGCGUGGGCGAUAUCGUCAUCGACCUCUUGGUUGACCAUGCGCCGAAGCUCUGCGAAAAUUUCCUCAAGCUUUGCAAACUCAAGUACUACAACUUCUCACCCGUUCACUCCGUCCAAAAGAACUUCUCCUUCCAGACCGGCGACCCUCUCGGCCCUCUCUCCAAAGACUCCGAUGGCGGCUCGUCAAUAUGGGGUCAUUUAUCCGGCGACUCUUCCAAGCGAACGUUUCCCGCCUUCUUUCACCCAAAGCUGAAACACCUUGAGCGAGGGACGGUCAGCAUGGCUACAGCACCACUGCAAUCCGACCCAGACACACGCGUGGCAGCCUCCCAAUUCAUCAUCACACUGGGCGAGGAUACAGAUUUCUUGGACGGGAAAGCUGCCAUCUUUGGCAAAGUUGUGGAAGGAUUUGAUGCUUUGGAAAAGAUCAACGAAGCGAUUGUCGACGACAAGGGCUAUCCCCUCAUCGAUAUCCGGAUAAAGCACACAGUCAUUCUGGAUGAUCCCUACCCUGACCCGCCUGGACUACGGGAACCGAGCUCGAGUCCUCCUCCCACCGACCAGCAACUCAAAACCGUUCGGAUUGCCGAUGAGGCGGCACUUCAUGCGGAUGACAAUGUUGACGAGGAGGAGCUGGAGAAACGACGACGUAACCGGGAGGCUCAGGCGCAGGCCUUGACUUUGGAGAUGAUGGGUGAUCUGCCGUUUGCCGAAGUGAAACCUCCCGAGAACGUCUUGUUCGUCUGCAAGCUGAACCCCGUCACUGGAGAUGAAGACUUGGAACUCAUUUUUGGCCGGUUUGGCAAGAUCUUGAGCUGCGAAGUCAUCAGGGAUCAAAAGACGGGCGACAGUCUGCAGUAUGCAUUUAUUGAAUACGAGGACAAGGCAUCCUGCGAGGCAGCAUAUUUCAAGAUGCAGGAUGUUUUGAUUGACGACCGACGAAUUCACGUUGACUUUUCCCAGAGCGUCAGCAAGCUCAGCGAUAGUUGGAGAAACGACACCAACAAGAAGCGUCGAGCCAAUGCUGGUCGCGGCGGCUGGGGAGGUGUUAGGGAGCUGGAGAAGCGCCGACAGUACCGUGAAGAGAGGGAGAGAAGCACUGAAGGCGACUACGGAAUGGUCUAUGGAGAGGAGGAGAUGAAGGGAAAGCUGGAGCGAAAUGGGCCUGGUCGACAGAAGGAUGACGGCCCUCCACCGAAGCCUCGCGAUGCUGAAGGUCCAGGACGACGGAGUCGAAGCCGGAGCCCUCGACCGCGAGACAGAAGUCGAGACCGGUAUCGCAAACCCAGGGAUGACCGCCGAGGGGACAGACGAGAUUGGGACCGGAGAGAUCGAGAUAGAAACCGAGGCCGAGACCGCGAUCGCAGAGACCGAGAUAGAGAUAGGGAUCGAUACGGACGGGACGAUUAUGACCGCAGGUCGAGGAGGUAA